UGCCAACAGUAUGCCUAAACAAGUGGAGGUGAGGAUGCAUGAGAGCCACCUGGAGCCCAUCGAGGCGAGGCCCCGGUCCAAAUGUGCCCAAAUCUGCUCCAAAAUGUUCAAGAACCUCCUGCUCACACUCACAGUCCUUGGUGUGAUCCUGGGAGCUGUAUCAGGGAUGCUGCUGCGUGUUGCCUCUCCAAUUCAUCCAGAUAUUGUCAUGGUGAUUGCCUUUCCUGGAGAUAUUCUGAUGAGGAUGCUGAAGAUGUUGAUCCUGCCUCUCAUUAUCUCCAGCUUGAUCACAGGGCUUGCUGGCCUGGAUGCCAAAUCUAGUGGUCGCCUGGGAACCAGAGCUAUGAUUUACUACAUGUCCACCACUGUUAUUGCUGCUGUCCUGGGUGUCAUCCUGGUGCUAGUCAUCCACCCUGGCAACCCCAAACUGAAGGAAAAUCUGGGCGAGGGCGAGAAAAACGAUGAUGUGUCCAGCUUGGAUGCCUUCUUCGAUCUGAUAAGGAAUCUCUUCCCAGAAAACCUGGUGCAAGCCUGCUUCCAACAGAUCCAAACAGUCACAAAGAAAGUUGAGGUGGUUGUGGAGGAGGAAGUGAAUGUCACCACUGUGGAGGGCCUGGUGGCUAACAUUACCAAGGAGCCACAGUUCAUCAUCAAAAAGUCACUUCAGUUCAAAAGUGGCAUGAAUGUUUUGGGUCUGAUUGGUUUCUUUAUUGCAUUUGGCAUCUGCAUGGGCAAGAUGGGAGAGAAGGCCAGACUCAUGAUUGAAUUCUUCAAUAUCCUCAAUGAGAUUGUGAUGAAACUUGUCAUCAUGAUCAUGUGGUACUCUCCCUUUGGUAUUGCCUGUCUGAUUUGUGGUAAGAUCAUCUCCAUUAAGGACUUGGAGGUGGUGGCCAGGCAACUUGGCAUGUACAUGGUGACUGUGAUUAUUGGUCUGAUCAUCCACGGCGCAAUCUUCCUGCCCAGCAUUUAUUUUGUCAUCACAAGGAAAAACCCCUUCACCUUCUUCUUGGGAAUCUUCCAGGCCUGGAUCACUGCUCUGGGAACAGCUUCCAGUGCUGGCACACUUCCUGUCACAUUCCGUUGCCUGGAGGAGAAUUUGGCCAUUGACAAAAGAGUCACUCGUUUUGUGCUCCCAGUAGGUGCCACCAUCAAUAUGGAUGGAACUGCUCUCUAUGAGGCUGUGGCGGCCAUCUUUAUUGCCCAGAUGAAUGGUGUGAAUCUUGAUCCUGGUCAGAUUGUCACAGUCAGUCUGACAGCCACCCUUGCCAGUGUUGGAGCAGCCAGUAUUCCCAGUGCCGGCCUUGUGACUAUGCUGUUGAUCCUUACCGCUGUUGGCUUACCAACCCAGGAUAUCAGUUUGCUGGUUGCUGUUGACUGGUUAUUGGAUCGUUUCAGGACCUCAGUGAAUGUGGUGGGUGACUCCUACGGUGCAGGAAUUGUGUACCAUCUGUCCAAAGCUGAGCUGGAUGAGCUGGAUGCGCACACGGCUAAAUCAGACGACAUCGAAAUGAUGACAAAGACCCAGUCCUAUUAUGACGACAUGAAGAACCACCACGAGAACAAUUCCAACCAGUGCGUCUUAACCCCAACUUCUUCUACAGCUGCUACUGCCAAUGCUAACAAUUCUGUCUUAGUAGAUGAAUGCAAGGUAACCUCAGCCGCUAACGGUUCUGCUGCGGAGUGCACGCUUGUUGAGGAGGAACCAUGGAAACAUGAAUAA